UCAUUGUAUACCAGCGAACAACAUUGCUUGUAAAUUAGAAAUGUGGACAUCUGUGCUCUUGUGUGUAUUUGGAGUGCUACUUAUCAUUUUUUUCUGUCAACGAAGAAAACAGAUGCAAAUCUUUAUCCAAAUGGGUAUUCCCGGGCCAAAACCGAACUUCCUCUUCGGAAACCUUCUUACCUUUUGGAAAACGCCCAUGUUUGAGCAGUAUCGAAUGUGGGCCAAGGCGUUCGGUAAAACGUACGGCUACUUUGAGGGCCCUAGCCCAGUACUAGUGACAUCUGACAAAGAUAUCCUUGCCGAGGUGUUCGUCAAACAGUUCAAAGAAUUCCACGCAAGAAAAAUUUUCCCAGUACAAGUCGACCCGGACAAGGAUGAGGAGGUUCACAUGUUUUUUGCCCGGGGAGAAAGAUGGCGGCGCCUGCGCACCAUCGCCAAUCCCGCAUUCAACACAAGCAAAAUGCGCAUGAUGUCGCCGAUGAUAAACACCCAAAUAGACAAAUUCUUAAGCGUACUUGAUAAAAAGUGUGAAAACAACGAGGAAUUUGAUGUUUAUGAUGUGCUACAGAGACUCACGUUCGAUACAAUAGCGAAAUGUGGCUUCGGGUUAGAAGCGGACUCAAUCCGAAAGCCGGACGACGAAUAUUUGAGAAAUUGCCGAGGAGUUAUUGACGAUACAACUAAAAGACCAAUUCUAUUUAUGUUUGGAUUCAUUUUCCCGACACUCCAUCGACUGUGGAUAUCCAUCUAUUAUUGGAUGGGCUUGUUGAAGUUUAACCCUGUGAUUUGGUUGGAAAAUAAGCUGGGUGCGAUUAUUAAAGAAAGAAAGCAUUCAGUUAAGCACGAGUCAUGUGACCUUCUAGAAAUGUUGUUUAACUCCGAGUACGACCCGGCGCGCACGUACACAGACCCCCUGUCGGACUCCGACUCUGACGUGAAAGCCGUCGCCAGAAACCGCUUCCUUUCCUCCCAGGAGCUCAGUUCCCAAUGUCUACUAUUUCUGCUGUCUGGAUACGAAACAACGAGCACGGCGCUUGCUUACGUCAUGCACGAGAUGGCGCAUAAUCCCAAAGUGCAACUCGUCCUUCAGGAGGAGAUUGACCGCUUCCUGCCCUUCGAUGAUGACGUCAUUGAAUAUGACAACGUCAUGAAGAUGGAGUACCUUGACAUGGUGUGGCGGGAGACGUUGAGAAAGUACCCGCUUGCAAGCACGGUGAUAGCUCGCCAAUGCAUGAAAGGUACCACGGUUAAGGGCAUGCGAAUUGAGCCGGGAAUGAUCAUACAGGCCAACGUAUGGGAUCUGCACUACGACCCCGAUGUUUGGGGGGAGGACCCGAACACUUUCGACCCUUUAAGAUUCAGCUUUGAAAAUAAGGCCAAGCUUCACCCUAUGGCGUGGAUGCCGUUCGGAAGUGGGCCACGCGCAUGCGUGGGAUUGCGUUUUGCGCAGCUUGAGGGAAAGAUGACAAUUGUGCGGUUGUUAAGGAAGUUCAAAGUUUUGCCAGCAGACCAGGUCGGCAAAAAGCUGAAAAUUAUAGAAGGAGCGACAAUUUUCCCAAAGGAAGGUGUGAAAAUAAAGCUCGUUGAACGAUAAUGGUCGCUAGAGGAUACCGUUAUGUUAUGAAACAAGGACACUCAAAUCCAGAUGUCAGACUUUGUCUUCGGUCUGGUUUCGUGUUAAUACUCCACCGGAAAUACGCCGUCGCGCGACCGUCCAGUCAUAGUUAUACUUACUUGUUUAAGGAUACGAACUGGCUGUGCUCGAACAUGUAUAGAACUGUUCGAGGCCUUUGUAUAACCGCCGGUUUUCAAACCGGUGCAGAUUUACCGAUGGUCGGACCUAUAUAUACAAAUCACCGAGAUGCGUAAUAAAAUUAGAGUUAUGUCCCAGUCUAGGUGUUCAUUAACUAGAAACAGUAUUAAAUUAAUACAUAAGCACGUGCUUACGCUAAAAUAUAUUUCGAAAGAAAACUAUGUUUUAAUUUGAAAAUAUACUAGCUAAGCAUAAUGUUUAUGAUUUUCCUUCAUUUUGUGGAACAUGGUGAAAAAAGAUAAGUGUGCAAACUGUAUUUUAACAUAUCAGUUACUGUAUCAUGUGCAAAUAUUCAAAAGUGUAUAAUGCGGUUUGUGUUUUACAUUAAGCUCUGAAAUAUAUGCAGAGUUAUUGAGUGAACUUCGUGUGCGCUAUUUCUGAUUUCGUUUUCCACGGUAGGAUAGGGCACAUAAGGUGACGUGGUUAAUACAUUCAACGCCUAUGGGUGCGCUCUAUUUUUGUCUUUGACCUGAGGAAUAGACAUUAAAUAGAUAUAUUCAGCUAGCAUAAUGUCAUUUAGCUUUUGGCAGACCACAACGAGAGGUCGUAAAUGCAAAUGAAUUCAGCGCUUAGGGACAUAUUUGUGUCUAUGGCCUACUGAGUUGACCUUAAACAGUUGUAUCAAACUAACUUAUGAUACCAUAUCUUGCUACACUAACAUCCCGUGAUGAUAGCAGUUUAUAUUAUCCUCAAUAUGUUUAAAGACAAGUUUAGAUCGACCCUAGAUGUGACUUAAAAAAUGUAGGACGCUUUGAUGAGACCAUGCAUAUCACGAUCGUGAUUUAUUGGUAUUUAGUGAAAUGCAUUCACCGCAUUGUACAUCGGUUGUGUCUCUAAUGUACACGGCAUAAUAUUGGUCAUUGAAAUUUCUAAGGAAAGUUCUUUGUUUCUCACAUAAUAUGUAUCACCAAUGCAGCUUUAUUUAUUAAAUCUAUAUUUUUACGUCCAUCUUUCAUAACAGGGGAAGUGUGCAAUAUUUUGUAUAGAAAUACUGUUUAAGCAUAAAUUUAAUGUCACUUGUACAUACAUUAAGAUUUGUUAUAAUCCGAACAUUAUAUAUGUACAUGCAAUAUAAUAUAUAACUGAUUUGUUACAAUUCAUCACUGAUGCUCAUUUUUAUCAAAAUGUAUAUUUUUAUAUCAGACAUGUUUUGCUGUAAAAAAAAAAGGUUUUAUAUAUAUUUGGCGAUUAAUUUACGCUACAAGAAAUAAAAAACUGUAAUUUUUAAAGCAUUGCCGUUUUACUGUGUUUAAAAUUUUUCGUCAUAAUUGCAUCGCGUUUAUUUCUUUUGCCAGUAUUGACAUAUGUUGUUGAGAUACACUUCGGUAUGUUUUCAUUUCAAACUAUUUAACGCAUAAUCAUGACACAUACCACAGUUCUGAACAGCUUGUAGAUCACGCUUUUAGACAUUAACAUACAAAUUAUAAACAUUAUCGAAACGUUGAUGCGAUACAAGUCACGUGUCGCUGCACAGCUGUUACAAAUGUUACAAUGCAUAAUCUUUACGUGGGUUUAUUUACUAAAUUUGCCAUAAAGAAAAGAAUCGUUGUAUGCGUCGUUCUAUUUAUAAAAUGAACUUAGAUAAGGAAUGUAUUUGAAAAGUAGUCAUAUUGUUUUUUCGUUAAUUUGUAUUUAUUGAAUAAUUGAGUCAAAAUCAAAAGAAUAACAUUAUUUUCCAUUGGGCUGUUUCCACAAAUGUUAUCACAAAUGUGGUUCACUUUUCGUUUUGCACUUAAUCUUUCUGAAAUUUAUCUGCGAAGGAAGGCAUUAAUAAUGCACAUAUUUAUACAUGUUAUCAGACCUUUUUCAGAUGAAUAAUACUUUAUGAGUGAAUGAUAAUAAUGCAUUUUUAAAUGUUUAAAUUCUUGAAAAUGUCGCGUUGUGUGACAAAUACUAGUACAGUAUGAGUACAAUUACCGAUCGAAAGCAGACAUGUCUUUAUCAAUUAAAGAGCGUUUAUUUAUGUAAGUCAUGUGUUUUGCUGAACGCCUCUUAUCAAAAGCCAUGAAAAUGGAUGUUGUAUAGUUGUUAACAUUUGUUGUAUACAUUUUGGCCAUUUAUGGAAACUGUGAUAAAUAAUUUAUUGCUUUAAAUUUGUAAAGCAUAAUUAUGCUUUGUAUGUUAUUUACGGUAAAUACAAGU